GCGUGUCGACUCAGUUUGGCACGCCCACCGCUGAACUAGAGCGUAAAAUAUAAACUUUAGCUCCGUCCUUUACAGUCUGUUUCAAAUCAUUCGUUAUUUCAAGCGCCAACAUGUCUGCUGAAAAGUGUCUCGCUAAAGGUAGCGCUGCCCCUGGCCCAGUCCCUAAAGACUACAUCAGGGUUUACAGCAUGAGGUUCUGCCCUUUUGCCCAGAGGGCCAGACUUGUGCUCAAAGCCAAAGGAAUCAAAUACGAAACCAUAAAUGUCCACCUGAAAGAAAAACCCGAUUGGUAUCUUCAGAAGAAUCCUCUUGGUCUUGUCCCAACGCUUGAGACACCUGCUGGUGAGGUGAUAUACGAGUCACCCAUCACCUGUGAAUACCUGGAUGAAGUUUACCCUGAAAAGAAGCUGCUUCCCUCCUCUCCCUUUGCUAAGGCUCAACAAAAGAUGAUGCUGGAGCACUUUUCCAAAGUGAUACCGUACUUCUACAAGAUCCCAAUGGAUAAAAAGAAGGGAGAGGAUGUCUCCGGACUGGAAGCUGAACUGAAAGAAAAGUUUGCCAAGUUAAACGAGGACCUCGUUAACAAGAAGACCAAGUUCUUUGGUGGCGAUUCUAUAACAAUGAUCGACUACAUGAUGUGGCCGUGGUUUGAGAGGGUAGAAGCGUAUCAGGUCAAACAGUUUUUGGAUGGCACACCUGAGCUGAAGAAGUGGACAGAACUCAUGUUGCAGGACUCGGCUGUCAAAGCCCUCAUGUUCAGCCCAGACGCCCACAAGGCCUUCUUCAAGACCUUCCUUGAUGGAAACCCAGACUUUGACUACGGCCUGUAGGAAGUUAUUAGUUAGAGUACUGAACAAAACCUUCAGCCAUCAUUUAAUGUUACUGCAUUAGUGACUAUAACUGAUUUUUCAAUAAAAAAUAAAAAUACUGUCAAUGAAAUGACAGCAAA